AUGAGAGAGGAUGCGGUUGGUAAACCCGGCUACACGCCCAUUCAGAAGUGCACUGCCGCAAUCAGGCAGCUGGCAUACGGAGGUGCGGCCGACAUGUUCGACGAGUACCUCCACAUCGGCGAGUCGACUGCCCGCGAAUGUCUGGAGUUUUUUUGUCAAGGCGUUAGGGAGAUAUUCGGGGAUACCUCUUCGGAAGCCUACCCCCCAAGACUGCCAGGAUUUGAUGACUAUGCACGGGAGUCAGCAUGGGUUUCCGAGAAUGUUGGGCAGCAUAGACUGUAUGCAUUGGGAAUGGAAGAACUGCCCAUCCGCCUGGAAAGGGUUGUACACAACCGGUUUCAAGAGCAAGAAUCCCACGAUUCCGGUUCGAACAGCGACAUCAAUGUCCUGCAGUCGUCCCCCCUUUUGAACGACCAAGAACUUGGUGUUGGUCCGGCUGUCAGUUUCGUCGCCAACGGCAACCAGCACAACAUGGGUUACUAUUUGGCAGAUGAGAUUUAUCCUAUGUGGCCCGUCUUCGUGAAGACGAUCAGAUGCGCAACAGAAGAUAGGAAGAAUAUAUUGCGAGUCGUCAGGAGGCAGCGCGCAAGGAUGUGGAGCGGGCAUUUGGUGUGCUCCAGAGUCGAUGGGAGAACUGCAGAGCUCUUGGAAUCAGGCAAUAGCUCUGACGGUGUCGGCGGCUAG